AUGGCCCCGAGUGGUUUACCUCCUCAUGAGUUGAAAUUGAAGCUAGGAGCACCCAUUAUGUUACUGAGGAAUGUUAGUGCCAAGAACGGCUUAUACAAUGGUACUAGGCUUAUCAUAAAGAAGUUAUUUCCAAAUUGUAUCGAUGCAGUGAUCCUCAGUGGAAAUUCAACGGGUAAAAGAUUAUUUCUCCAUAGGAUGCCAAUGAGUCCGCCAGAGAAUUUUGAGAUGCCGUUUAAGAUGAUUUGCAAGCAAUUCCCAGUACGUAUGUGCUUUGCAUUCACCAUCAACAAAGAACAGGGACAAACAAUUGAAAACACCUGUAUUUAUCUUCCCGAGCAUGUCUUUAGUCAUGGGAAAUUGUAUGUUGGGUUUCAAGGGGUGUUUCCAGCAACAACACUAAAGUGUUAA